AUGGUAUGGGAUAGAUUUCCUGGUUUGGGAUUGGAAUUCUGGAAUGAAAAAAUUUUGUUUACAAUAUGUAAGGAAAUUGGAACUCCACUCAAGAUUGAUAAUGCUACAUCUAGAUGUGAGGUAGGAUAUUAUGCAAAUGUUUUGGUUGAGGUUGAUUUCUCUCAGCAUAUUCCUAGUAAAGCGUGGAUUGAGACCAAAUAUGGAGGCUUCUUUCAGGAUGUGCUGAUUCCAGAUUUUCCAAAAUUUUGCUCCUCAUGUAAGAUUGUGGGACAUUUGAACUCUGAAUGCAAAUUUAAGAAAAACACAGAACAAGAAAAACAUGUAGAAAGUGUUCCUAAAAAUUAUCAAAGAAGGGAGCCACAAGUACCUUUUGAUAUUUGUAACCCUGACAUACCUGAAGAUUCAGUAGUAGAUUCAAUUAAGGAUGUUGUUCAAACCAAUUCUUCAAAUGUGGAAAUUAUUUCACAAGGAAGCAAAUUCAGUUCUCUAGAAAAUGUUCCUCAAGAAGAGGUACUUGAAGAGGUAAUUAUGGAAUCUCCUAAGAUUGUGAAAGUUGUUGAAGCAAAUACCUUGAAUAAUAGUACUGUAAAAUUUAUUAAUGGAACAAAUGGUACAGUUGAAGAGGUUCCAAUACAAGUUACUUCUUGGGCUACAGUAGUUGAGAAGGAAAUAGUUACAUCUACUUCAACUAGUACUUCUGUUUCAGUUAAAGCUCAUAAAAGUCCUAAUGCUCCUUCAAAUGUAAGUGGUCAGAUUCCACAAAACAAUAAGUAUAAUUUUAGAAAACAGCCUGGUAAAGGGGGAACUAAGGAUCCCCAUCUUAAACAAUGA